AAAGAAAUCGCACUAAUAUUUGAUUCGGUUGGGCGCCAUUGCAGAAACAGAGCGUGUAUAACACAUAAACCCCAGAAAUUAGCAGUAGUUGCACCAGCAUACCAAUACCUGUUUAGGAUAUGCACCAGCAACUAAGACUUGGUUAUCCAGUUCAUAUAUAAGGCGAUGUUGGAUUCACGGUCUACCGACUACUAGCUGAGAUCUGCCUGUUAGCAAUCAAAUCCAAAUGCUGCCCCUCCAGAUGAUAAUAGUCCUGGUAUCCAUGUCUUUGGUUGUGUCCCCUUCCAUGGGCAUAGCAACGGACGACAAGUGCAAGUGCCUCAUGUGCGUCUGCGACCUGGAUCCGCACCCGCUGCCGCCGGCAAUGCCGUCGCACCACCCAGCGCCUCCUCAGCACGAGUACAAGUACCCGCCACCGUCAGAGCCGGAGCCUGAGCCAGAGCCGGAGCCACGGCCGGAGCCACAGCCGGAACCGGAGCCACGGCCGGAGCCACAGCCGGAGCCAGCGACACAGCACUGCCCGCCUCCGCCGGAGGCUGUGCCGACGCCGGCGUACUACUACCCACCGCCGUCGGAGCCGGAACCAACGCCCGUGUACUACCUUCCACCGCCGGCUGAGCCGUACGUGUACCCGUACGUGCAGCCGGCGCCGGUGUUUGGCAUAGUGGGCACGCCGGGGCAGAUGUACCCGCGCGACAGCAUGUUCUACCCGUCCAGCGCCCACCGGAAGCUGUGUCGUGGGAUAUCUUCUGCAAUCCUCGCCUCCUCGAUUGUGGCAGCAGGGCUACUGUCAAUGCUCGUGUAGCUUUCGUACAAACCAUUCUGUCCACAGACUGAACCUGAUCAGCAACCAAUUGGCAUGUAAUGCUUCAUUCCGCUGACGAUGCUAACCCUGUUUAUUUUUCAUUUUGUUUGCUUCAUUUCAAAUGUGUAACACUGAAUUUUGUUCA